AAAGGGGUCGCUUUUGCGCACAUGCGGAACUCCAAAAGAAUUCUGAACAAACAGUGGGCGGAGGAAGUUGAACGUGAAGUAUCGUGUGUCUGGACAAACGUUUCUUGUUGAGUUUGCAAACCCAAUCAUCUCUCCAUGCUGCAGUCCUUAGUGUACCAGCAUCUGGCCAACAGCUGAAAACCAUUAGGAUCAGUUCCUUUACGCUCUUCCACCCAGGUUUGAAGGCACGUGGAAUAUCUGAAUACAGUCGGUAGGAACAGCGGCACACAUUUUCCACUAUGAAUCGUGCCUUCAACAGGAAAAAAGAGAAAUCAUGGAUGCACACACCCGAAGCCCUGGCCAAGCAUUACAUAGCCUACAACGUGAAGUUCCUUGGUAACACCGAGGUGGAGGCCCCGAAAGGAACAGAGGUUGUCAAGGAUGCAGUGAGAAAGCUUAAGUUUCAGAGACACAUCAAGAAGUCAGAGGGACAGAAAACCCCAAAAGUCGAGCUGCAGAUUUCUAUUUAUGGUGUGAAAAUUCUAGAUCCUAAGACAAAAGAUGUGCAGCACAAUUGUCAGUUACACCGAAUAUCCUUCUGUGCGGAUGACAAAACAGAUAAAAGAAUAUUCACAUUCAUCUGCAAGGACUCCGAGUCCAACAAACACCUGUGUUAUGUGUUUGACAGUGAAAAGUGUGCUGAAGAGAUCACGCUAACGAUCGGCCAGGCCUUUGACUUGGCCUACAAGAAAUUCCUGGAGUCGGGAGGCAAAGAUGUGGAAACCAGGAAGCAGAUUGGAAGUCUGCAGAAAAGAAUUCAAGAACUGGAAACAGAAAACUCAGAGCUAAAGAAGCAGCUUCAAGAUCUCGAAGAGCAGUUGAUGAUCACCCACAUGCCCCCACCGUUAUAUAUAAAUGAAGCUAACGAAGCGUACAUGCUGCAGAGGCCUUCUUCUCUUUUCUGGUGUCACGACAUCAACUCUUGCCUGGAGAUCUCCUCUGUCACCCUCACGCCUAUGAGCUCGCCAGAGUCCAACCUGUCUAUUGGCCUACUAACUCCCCCGCCUGCCAAAUCCACUUUCCUUCCUCUUAAACCUCCCGAGGGAUGCAGCGUCCCACGACCUCACGCAGGGAGCAUCUCCACAAAACCACAGUCAACAGACAUUUUUGACAUGGUUCCCUUCUCCCCCGGGACCGUGCUGGUACCCACACAAGCCAGCAAUGGCUGCCCAACACCACCAACCAAACUGCCGCCAAACAUAGGGAAAGACCUGUUUGGUGCAGAGCCAUUUGAUCCAUUCACCUGUGGUUCAGCUGACUUCCCUCCAGAUAUUCAGUCUAAGCUCGAUGAAAUGCAGUUUUACGACUUUGACAACAUUUAUCUUUGUCCUCUCCACUUGCAGCGUCAAAGAUGGAGGGGUUCAAAAUGGGACUAACCCUAGAGGGCGCUGUUUUCUCUCUGGACCCGCUAGAUGGCCGCUGCUGAUUGCCCGCAAAUAUGUUUUUCAUCAUCCUCUUCUGUAAAAUCGUUUUUCCCGAUUUUUGUACGAGUGUCAAAAUCCACUCCAUGGUCGAGUUGGGAUGUCACCCCCCCCCCCCCCCCCCCCACACACACAAUCUUGAGGUUUCUAUAUACAUUUGCAUUUAGAUGGUUUUGUUUUGUCUAAUAUUUGCAGGUCAGAACCAUUACAGAAAGAGACAUAUUUUUGUAAAAACUAGAAGGGAUGGUUUUGAGAACAUUUGCUUGCACAGUGCGUGAGAGCUGUAUAUAGGUAAUUAUGUCCAAUGGUACACUCACUUUGUAGUCAUUUAAGCCGUGUAUGCCAAAUUCAAGCGGGCUAUGAAAUGCAUAGAAUGUGUAUUGUUAACCUACUUAUAACAUCACAUAUUUGACUUAUUAUUAAAAUACACUUAUUGUUAAAAUCCUUUAUUUACAAUUUCACAUUAAUUUGAUUUGGGUUUAUUGUCUUUCUUGCACCGUAAGGCACUUUUUGGAUGGGGAGGGACCUACUGUAUGUAAUGUCCAUACCCAAUACAAUUUUCCAUUAUUUUUACUUUUGAUUUCUUUGUUUAAUACCGUCACACUUAUUAAAAUAAAAUGUUACUGUUGAAAAAAAAAAGGACCGACUCUUUACGUUAAAUUGUACCACCAUUCUAUUAUUAGUAUGUUUGUUUUGUUUUUAAUCAUAGGGCAAAAUUCUGUAGCAGUCCUGUUAUUAUUGUGUUGGCCUUAUUUUUUCCUUACAAAUAUUUUUCUAAAACAAAUUUUUGUGUUGUAUUUUUUAUGUUUUUGUUAUUAUUAUUAUUAUAUUGGGUAGGGGUGGGAGGAUUAGAUUACAUCAGAUCACAUUGACCCAUAGGAAAAUCCAGAUGAAAUUGGGGUUAUUUUCUUUACAUUUUCAUAUUAUAUAUUUCUUUCCAGUUGUGCAUUCCAUUGUAUUAUUAUUGUUAUCAUGAUUGUGAUGAUGAUUAUUAAGAGUAUUGUUAUAAUUAUAUUGAUAAAUAAAUUUAGGGUGGGUAACAUUAAUCUGUUGACAUUGCCGGUAAGAAACAAAAAGUCCCCACUCGUCAUAACUUUUUCCAUCCAUCCAUUUUCUGAGCCGCUUCUCCUCACUAGGGUCGCGGGCGUGCUGGAGCCUAUCCCAGCUGUCAUCGGGCAGUAGGCAGGGUACACCCCGAACUGGUCACCAGCCAAUCACAGGGCACAUACAAACAAACAACCAUUCACACCUACGGGCAAUAUAGAGUCUCCAAUUAAUGCAUGUUUUUGGGAUGUGGGAGGAAACCGGAAUGCCUGGAGAAAACAUGCAAACUCCACACAGGCGGGGCCGGGGAUUGAACCCGGGUCCUCAGAGCUGUGAGGCUGACGCUCUAACUAGUCGGCCACCGUGCCGCUUAGUCGUAACUACAGAACUAAAAUUUUGCCUACAAUCAACUGCCUAUUGCAAUGCAUUCAGAAUAAUAAAUCCUGAAGUCUGCUUGGAUAUUUUGGAAGCGGUCUACAUUAAUGCAUUUAAAGUUCUGUAUAACUAUGAAGUAAACAUGAUGUCACAUAUCCUUGCCUUCAUCACAACGCAUUUGUGACUAACAGGCUUCUGUUGUCAUCUCAAACAAGAACAGGCAGAGCGAAUGAAUGAGUUGCAAUGUUUAUUUCAAAGGAUGAAACUCAAACGCAUCCAGUGUGGGAAAUAUUUUUUCCUCCUUUCUCCUCUUAUGCCUCUGGAAUUUGUCAGGCAGUCAAGCCUAACAUAUGUUUAAAAAAAAACUACAAUAAAUAUACUCGGAAUAAGCACCAGAUGAUCACAAUAGAAUGAUUUAACCCCCCUGUUACGUUCAGGAAAGCAAUAAUCUGCCUGGGUCAAUUUGACCCAUGUUUAUUAUUCAAGUGGCCGAAACAAAAAAUAAUUACCAAUAAACAUCGUUUAUCUUAUUAACUCCAUUACCCACCAUUUUAAACAGUAUUUAUCAUUGAUUACACUUAUUAAGACACUACACUUACUGCUAAAGAAUUUCUUUAAAAUGGGUCAAUUUGACCCGAAACAUAACCGGAGGGUUAAAGGCACAUACAACAGCUCAAGUUACAAAGAGGACAUAUUAUUGUACUAAAUACAUGUCUUAUCAAUACAGUUUGUCAAUUUGUGUGCAAAAAGACAAAAUUAAGAAAACAUAAACCUUGCUAUUCCUUAAUUAACAUGACAAGAGUUUGGGGGAUUAACAAGCAUUUUGUUUAAUUUGUUGCAUAGCAGGAGAUACAAAGCAAAUAAGCACUCAGAGCCACCUUUCUAAUUAUAAAAAAAAACUGGUAAAUGAUUUCUAUAUAAUAUAUUAACCAAGGAUACUGAAAAGGGAGGUUUGACAUGCAUAAAAAACGGAAUAAUCUGUGCUACCUUUUACUGUUCAAUAUUGCAAAAAUUAGGAUUAAAAAAAGAACAAAGUUACAAAGCACCACACAUGAUUCACACUGACGUCAUCGUCAUCUCUCCGUGGUAAGAUGGAAAGACCUUUAUUGGCACCCACAAACCCAGCUGUACACUGCAAUAGCUUGGAGUAGUUCAUGUCAUGCUACUUUACAAAACAGCACCUGUGAAAGAACAUUUACAUGUUGCGUCAUAUAUGUAUGGAUGUCAGUCUUGAUGACGAGGUAGCUAAUUUGGCAAUUGGGACUUUUGGGGAAGGAUCAGAGUAGUCCACGCUGACUCUAAAUGAAUGGAUACAAAAAAAUAGGUUCAUUCUAAAUGUCUUAUUAAGCACGUAGGAAUUUUAAAAACAAGAGUUUAGGGUGGGUGGUGAAAAUUGACUUUUAAUGGCUUUUAACAAACAGUUUGGUCUCUGUUUGCCUGCCCACUUAACAAGUGUGAAUUUACAACAAUCAAGUCAACCUUUUGUGAGCUCCCUAUUUCUUAAAAUGUGUCAGUGAGCAAGCCGUUCUAAAUUUACAUAGUACCGCCCCCACAUUUACUUUUUCCGUCCACGACUUGGCAGCUAGGCUGGGGAAAGAUCCGCCACUUCCAAGCCACAGCCAAACACGGAGUUUUGUUGGAGGAACAGAUUAGCAUUAGCUCAAAGCAUUAGCCUCUGAUAACGGCACAUACUUGACUGGUAGGUGAAGUUGCCGAGGGUGGUGGGUAUUUGUGUUUGGCGAUGCAUGGAUAUUCCACACUAAUCGACACGUGCAUGAAGUGCUGCCUCCGUGAGUGAAAAAGCUUUUCCUGUGUUUAAGGACGCUUACUUUUUUCCCAAACUCUGGGCUCAGCUUCCAUAAAUAGAAGUCCCCUAGCUCCACCCCAGCAUGACAAAAGCCGUACCCCACAUUGGUUCCGCAAUUUGUCAUGAGACAGGA